AUGUCUGAAGAGCAGCAGUAUGAUGUCAACGAACUCACCAUCUAUGACUUCUUCGAGUAUUGGCCCACCAUGGGGCUGGCCGCCACCGCGCUGGCCCUUUAUGCGGUGAUUGCCCUGGUGGUGGGCCUCAUGACCGAGAAGCGGCGGAGCUACCGCUUUGUGCACCUCAUCACUGUCACGUGCCUCUGCGAGGCAGGAGGCUAUGCAGCCCUGGUCUAUGCCAUUGACCAAAGCGGCAAGACCAGCGUGUUCAACGCCUACGUGGCGAUGCAGGUCCUCAUCAUUUUGGCACCCAACCUCAUCCAGGCCGCCAUGUACUGGCUGGCGGCCUGGUGCUGGUCUUUCUCUCCAGACUCCUGCGGGGGCCGCAAGAGGCUGCGCGGCUGGGUCAUCACCACCACGUUCGCCGGCGCAGACCUGUUUGCAAUCAUCGUCCAGGCUGCCGGCAUCUCCAUCUGGGCCUCCUCCCAGUCUUCUGGCAACCCCGACCAGGAUCAGAUCCGGCUAGGGUGCGGCAUCACGCUGGCGGGGCUGGCCAUCCAGCUCAUCUGCUUCAUCGCCUUCACCGUGCUCACGAUCUGGACACACCGCCACCCCAGCAACGGCCUGACGGGCAAGGCCGAGACGCGCAAGCUAUUCAUCGGCCUCUACUUUGGCAUGGCCAUGCUCUACAUCCGCAACCUGUUCCGCUUUGUGGAGUUUGUGCAGGCCACCGUGCUGGAGUGGCCCCCGCCCGACGACACCUACGUGCUGAGCGAGCAGCAGGUGCUCUUCUACACGCUCGACACGCUCCCCAUCCUGCUCAGCGUGGCCACCUACAUUCUGGUGCACCCCGGCUUCCUGCUCCCCGAGCCCAGCGCCAAGAAGGGCCAGGUGGCAGAUGUGGAGGAGGGCGAGCAGCAGCAGCAGCAGCACGGCGCCGGCAAGAAGGGACAAGGCGAGCCCUCGGAGGGCUCCAGCGACGCGUUCCAGGUCAGCGUGAUCGAGGAAGAGCCCGCGCGGGUGUGA